UAAAAGCAGCUUUUAAUUUAAUCAAAAGACUAAGCCAAUAAUCAUGGAUUUAUCCUUAUACAAUCCACAGUCUAAUUCGAAUAAUAUUACGCUUAGUUCUACAGUAUUAGAUAGUCAAGAUGUGAAUUCAAGCAUCAAUCACAACUGGGCACAAUUUCAUUCUGACUCUAAGAAUGAAGUUAGGAGAAUUCAUAACCCAAAGAAUCCACAGUAUUCAAAUUUCAUCUUCAAUAUGCACCAUUUUGAAGUAGACAGCUAUGCUAAACAGUUAAACUUAAUUGAUACAAGUAAAGUUAAAAGUCAAAUAAGCCAUUUAAAUGAACCAAUAUAUGCCACCAAACAAUAUAAUAAUAGCGAUAAUGAUAAUAAAGAUUAUAAUUCAUCAAAUUCUUCAACGACAGACACUAGAACCAGCAAAACUAGUGACGAUUUAUUAGGCUAUCCAUCAAAGGAAAACGAAUCAGAUUACGAUAAUUUGUACACUAUCAAACUUAGAAAUCAGACGUUAGUUUGUCUAAAUAUGAAUGGCGUUAAACGUUUGUGUCUAGCACAAAUUUCUUCAACUCUACUACGUCAAUAUUCGUACAAUGAGAUACAUAACAGACGUGUUGCACUUGGUAUAACAUGUGUUCAGUGUACACCAAAUCAGUUGGAAUUAUUAAGAGAAGCUGGCGCUAUGCCAACCUCUUCAAGGCGUUGCGGUACAAUCACUUACAGAGAGGCAGAACGACUAAUCAAGUCAUUCCUCGAUGAACCAGAACACCCUAAGUUACCAGAGAAUUUUGUAUUCCAAGUUAUGCAUCAUUGUGGGUGGGGAUGUCAAGGUGCCUUCUCACCAUCAAGGUACAAUAGCUCUAGAGCCAAAUGUAUUCGGUGUUAUAUAUGUCAGAAUUAUUUCUCGCCAAACAAAUUCAUUUUUCAUUGUCAUUCACCAAGAUCUAACGACGAUUCUGCAGUGAAAUCAACAUAUCGUCAUCCAGAUGCUGCAAAUUUUAAUGCAUGGAGGCGUCAUUUAUACUUACUUGAUCCAGAUCCACCAGUUGAAGUAAUUUAUGCAUGGGAAGAUGUGAAAGCCAUGUUCAAUGGAGGCAACCGUAAGCGUAACCCAAUGAUGCACACUUCAAAUAAUACAACUAAUAAUAACAACAGUAACAAUAUCGGUAGCAACGACUCAGUGCAUGAUUUCUCAAGUAUGAAUGAAACACCGUUCAGAAUGAAUGAAUUAGCUGCUAACAGUACACCAAAUCCAGAGCAUGGUUCUAAGGAAGUCGAUUCUGAACAAUAUAAACAGUAUUUACACACGAAGAAUUGGGAUAAUGAAAGUCAGUCAAAUGGCGACGAAUCAUCUUCUGACCUAUGUGAUCCAGACAGAUCGAUCAAGUCCACUGUAGAACAAGAGAAUUCUCUAACAAAAGCAAAGAGACCAAAAUUAAAUUUCAUGAUAGAAAAUAUGGUUAAAAACCAACCGCAGUGCAAAACAACGAGAAAAUCUCAUGGUAGUAAAUUAAAUACCAAUAUAUUCAGAUCAUAUAAAGAAUCUGCUGAUUCUAAACGCUAUUUUCCAACAAAUAUCCAAAAUAAUGACAUCUUACAUGAAGAAAUGACAGAGAUAGUAAAUCCCAAUAAGUCACAAAACGUUGUCAAUCCCUUUGAAGUAGAUAUAUACAAUUUUACUCGUGAAAAUUUAAACAAAACUGAUCUAUCCAGUGCAGCGGAAGAAAUCAAUAUUCCAAACAACAAAACACAACAUCCGUACGCUUUACCACAACCUGGUCAUUCGUAUCCAGACGAAGAUAUAACAGCCUUCUUUUUAAACACAUGGCCUUCGUUAUUGUUAUUUAAACACUUAUUGUAUGGUUCAGAAAAUUCUUUACUAAAACAGACUUCUUCAGAAUGUAUUCCAGAAAUGAAGUCUCAAUUUAAGGUGCACAAUUUAUCUCAUUCCGGAAACAUUCUGAAUCUUAGCAAUACACAAGACUGUGUAUUAAAUGCUACUAGUCAAGAAGAUUCAAACUUGACUAAUUGUAGCUUAAUCAGUGAUAAUAUCGCGUUUAAUGCAAAUGGACAGAAUUCGCUCAACACCACAUCACUCACCGACUUCACUAUAGCAUCACCACAAAUAAAUCCCAAAGUAAAUCGUAUUGAUUAAAGCAACUAACUGCUACUGGUACUAAUAAGAAUUACAUACUGUACAUAAAAUAUGUAUAAAGUUUUAUUUACAUUUGUUUUAUCUUAUGUAUUAGACUAGUCACUGUACUGAUACUUGUCAUCCAUGUUGUGGUUUGUUUAUUCUAAUCAGUGAUACAUAUUCAUCAAACAUGUAUAUAAAUUUAAUACUUCUU